UUCGGUGGUGGCAAUGGCGGCGAGGAGAAUAGUGUGGCCGGACCAUAGGAGAGGGGUGGUAUUAUAUUUGCGCAGGGUCGCCCGAUAGGGCGCAGUAUCGUCGCGACCGCCGUCACGUGCACGUCGAUUUUCUCUAGGUUUACGUGUCUAGACCGCGAGUGCUUCUGCACCGUUCAGAACGUUGCUUGCCCUCUUUGUCGGUCGUAGUUUAUAUUCGGCUUCCUUCUUCCUCUCUUUUAUCUUCUCCUUACUACUGCCUUACAUCUCUCUAUAUCUUUAUUGUAUUCACUCUCGAUCUCUCUGUUUGUUUUUUUUUUCUCUCGUUCUCUAAACCUCUGCCUAUACGUUCCAUGCGUAUCUGCACUCCUGUUCUUAUUUAAUCGUUCGCGCGCGAUCGUCCUGCAAACCGUGUUUCGUACUUCGUGUUUCGUUAGCCGAGUUCAUACGGUUGAACCGUACACAACAACAACAACAACAACAAGAACAACAACAGAUACCGUGAGUCGAAGCGAGUCAUCGAGCAGAAAUCGCGAAGUGUUCUGGCCCAAGAGUGGAACCAUUUAAACAGUAGAGAAUUCAUUAAUGUCUGAAGCGAUUGUAUAAUUGCAAAGAUAUCGUUAAUGUUGUCCACAUUAAAUUUGAGAGGAUUUGCAAGGAAACGUGAAAAUUCUUAAAAGAAGAAAGAAAAACGGACGGUAAGGGGAAUAAAGGAGGCGAAAACUAUCCUAGUAAUCCCAUUGGAUAGAGGUCAAUGGAGCCAUCCUGAUGCAGGCUGCAAAACUACGUGGGGAUUACCCGUCGUGGUCGUCGGGCUGAUUUCAAAGGUGAACAGUGGUGCUUCCACCCGUGGGUAGAAACACCGUUUUCAUCACCGUCACCGGCAAAUAGUGCAGCCACUUCCGCUUCCUCCACCCCACGUGGCCGAACCAUUACCUGAUAAGAGCUGGAGAAGCGGCCGCAGCCGCAGCCGCCUCGGAGCUCUGAGGAGCUGGAGGAUCUGCACAAGCUGCUGCACUUCCCCGAGGAGGUGGCGCUCAGGUUGACGGAGACCGAGUACCAGCUGUUUUACCAGGUACCACCGCAAGAGUACCUAAGGCACGUGUCCCAAGAUCAGAACACGCAGAAACCACCUGCCAAGCCACCCCCGUCGCCGAGUCGCAGCUAUACCGCACCCCGUACCGCCAACAGCUCGACCCAGACCGAAGAAGAGUCUAACUGGCCUGUUCCCAACAUCUUCUCUUCCGUUCAGACACUCAUCAAUCGUUUUAAUGAGGUGAGCUCAUGGGUCACCCACGCGAUUACAAGCGGCGCGACGAUAGAAGAAAGACAGGCAACUUUGUCCUGCCUCCUACGUGUGGCACAAACCUGUUGGAACACCGGCAACUUUAAUUCAGCCAUGGAAAUUGUGGCUGGUCUCAAAUCCAAUAAGCUAAAGCCAUUUUGGCAUAGCAUAAACGAGCCAGUACCAGUGUUGGAAAAUCUUUCUUCAGCCCUUCUGUCCGCCGACUAUGAGUUCACACUUGCUCGGGCUUUGGCAAUGCCGGAAUGUCCGGUUGUGCCGUUCUUUGGAGCCUUCCUGCGGGAAUUGCGGGAAGUCAUUGCUUCAGAGUCUAAGCCCCAACACGAAUACAAAGACAACCAUGAGUCGCCUCGUAGCAGCAGCAAAGAUAGCGAUACCGAAACCGCGUUGUCUUCAGGGCAAACCGCAAAGAUUGCUAUCGACAGUAGCACGGAAUCGCCGACUGAAUGGAACACAAGAAAUAGUUCCUUGAAGAAGCACGAGAACCGCGACACCCAUUUCGUCCUUGAGAAGGUUGCCGAAUUUCAUAAGCACCGACAUGCUCGAGGCAGAGACGCGACAACUGGUUCCCUCCAUCGUACUCUGAGUAUUCAUACGACCGCGAUCGAGCAAACUUACAUGGCCGAAGAAUGCGACGAGAACGACUAUCAUCUCGAUCUCGAUUCGUACAGACCUGUGCAACCGAUCCCCAUCGAUCAUGGGGUUGCCUUGUUUCCCGUUGCUGCUCCGCAUUCUGGAAUGGAUCUGCAUCUGCUACAGGUGCUGCAUCACGGGACAACAUUGGUGCACUGGGACUGCGAAGGAGGUACUACGAGGACAGCUUUGGUAUUCGCACGAGUGGAUCGUGCUUGCGGUACCUUCGUCUGGGAGAAGCCUCCCUGGAGUCCGUUGAAAACUGCUCAGCUCGGCGGCGCCGCCCUCACAGAAUUCUCGUUAACUGCCAAUCCAGAGGACACGGUACCGGCUGGUUUAUUAGGGAAAUAUGCGAAUCAACAAACGGAUUGCGCUUCCGUGACGCUGGAUGAAGGAUUUCUAGACCUAAGCUCCGUAAAAGAAGUUAUGAUCGGUUGUUGUGAUCGGGACAGAGAUGCCGACCUCCGAAGCAUUUGCAAGAGGUACGGUCUACCGGGCUCCGAUUCGUGCAUCGGCCUCAUGUACGGCUCCAGUCUGCCGGAUAAUCGACUGAUCUUUCUACUUUGCCCGCCUGCUCUCUGCAAAAUUUGGUACAUGGGUCUUUGUUGGAUAUUGCGAGGUCUGAAACGGCAACAGCAACUAACAGAUCGUAGAUCGCGAUGGUUAAAAGAAAAAUAUCUUCAGCUUUAUUUUGAAGAAGGCUGUCUCGACCCAAUGACAGCGGACGCGAUUAGGGCUUUUGGUGGUCGCGAUUGGUCCACGACUGAAAGUAUAGGAACCCUUUCGCCGACCAGUAGCAGCACACUUCGCAAACGAAACGUUAAAGGGAAGAAAACGAAAUCCAUUGGCAAUAUUCAUGCAUUAACAAAGAGCGGAGAACUUGGUUGUUUAACACAGGAUUUGAGCCUAAAGUAUGACUCCUCAUUCUCGGAUGGAGGUUUAUCAACGGCCCCUCUACGGCAUAUUACGGGUAGCAGAGAAUCUUUGACGAGAAUUAUACCAGCAUCCCCACGGUGCAGUAGAGAUCGAGUUCCUCCAAGGAGUCCUCCCGGUUCUGCCGAACGUAUUAUUAGUUCCAACUUGCCUUACUCCAGCUUCCAGAGCCUACUGUGCGUCGCCAAAGACAAGGAUAAGAAUGGAUCCGGGAUGUUAGGUGGUAUGGAAGCACCUUCGCAAGUAAAAGCACGCACCGCUUCCAUAAUGUACGCAACUCAGUUAAACUUCGUCGAGUUCGUCGCGUUGUUCCGCUCGUUCAGCCUGAGGGCCAGGAAGGAUUUGCGCGACCUAUUCGGCCAACUAGCGAUCACUUGUCGCAGUCAGAGCGACGGUUCUUUGAGAGACUUCAACAUACGGCCGCCUGUGUUAAGGCAAACCAGCGACGCAACCCCCCAACGAAUCGGUCUUUUGACGAGGAACAACUCGAUCGACUGUCACGAAUACAAAACUAGCAGUAAUCUUCAAAAAAAGCAAGUUUUCGACGCUGUGGCUGCUGCCAGUAUCGUUAACAAUUGUUCCGGCGUUGACACCUCGAAGUCGCAAGUUAUCACCCUGGCAACGUUUACAAAAUUUCUGGAAUCGCGGCAGCAAGAAAAAUUGACCGACGAAGAGAUCAAAGCACUCGUUAAGCGACACGAACCGGACCCGGCACUACGUACACAAUGGUGUUUGUCUUUCGAGGGCUUUGCACGGUACAUGAUGGACAAGGACAAUUAUGCUUUCCCAAACGAGUAUGCCACACCGUCCGAGACUGAAAUGCAACAGCCAUUGUCCCAGUAUUACAUCGCCAGCUCCCAUAACACUUAUUUAACUGGUCAUCAGCUCAAAGGGGAAUCUUCGGUGCAGCUGUACUCGCAGGUGCUACUAACAGGGUGUAGAUGCGUGGAACUCGAUUGCUGGGACGGCGAUGAUGGGUCUCCCGUUAUUUACCAUGGUCACACCUUCACUACGAAGAUACCAUUUCGCUCGGUCGUCGAAGCGAUUGAUAGAAGUGCUUUCGUGAGCUCUCCAUACCCUGUGAUUCUCUCUAUUGAGAAUCAUUGCUCUCAGAGUCAACAGGCUCGGAUGGCCCAAAUAUUUCAAUCCGUUUUUGGAGAAAAGCUCGUGACGAAAUUUCUCUUUGAGACCGACUUUGGUGACGAUCCCCAGCUGCCAUCGCCAUCGCAAUUGCGCUAUCGAAUAUUGAUAAAAAAUAAAAAACUAGUGGUGGAUCCUGCCGGUCCUCUGGCACACGCUCCCCUGAGUCAUCGUGGAAAAAUGCUGAUGUCCGAUCGUGCAUCAUCCAUGAAACAAAUGCGUACCGACGUAAACAGCGCUUCCGUCGUUGAAUAUUUCAGCGAGGACGAAGACGACGAGGAGGACGACGACGAGGACGACAACAUCGACGAUAACUCGAUUUCCAGUUACGAAAGGUACUUGGGUGGAACUCAGGUGCCGCAUGGCCGAUUAAAGUCCGAUUCUGCGGUCGACGAUAAGUCACAGAAGCAGAGUAGCCAAAUUGCCAAGGAACUCUCGGACUUGGUGAUUUACCUGCAAGCCAUUAAAUUCCGUGGAUUGAACAUGACGCCAGGAACCACCGCAACCGGAAAGGUGCGCCAUCAACCGCAUACUGGACCAGUUCAGAGGCAUAGUAUUGCUGGUAUAGGAGCUACAAGCAUAGGUGCGCCAUCAGGCUCGCCGCAGUCUCUAUCAACUUCGGCGUCCCUGGCAAGUGGUGGCAGCAAUAUUGAAAACCUAUUCAGGUCCACUCGUGGAGUUCCGGCAUGCUUCCAGUGUUCAUCGUUGAACGAAAGUACAGCGAAAAAGAUCUGUAGGAAACAACCCUUAGGAGUUGUCGCUCACGCUGAAACUCAAUUAAUCCGAACAUAUCCGGCCGGAAUGCGUAUAGACUCGACGAACUUCAAUCCCGUAAUAUUUUGGGCCUUUGGGAUUCAAAUGGUAGCAUUAAAUUAUCAAACUGACGACGCUGGAUUAAACUUGAACGCCGCCAUGUUCGAGCAAAGUGGACAAUGCGGAUAUGUGAGAAAACCUUCGGUUAUGUGGGACAAAUGUCAUAUGAUGUACAGACGUUUCAAUCCUUGGGAUAAGGAGUUCGAUGGGUUACAUUCGGCACACCUGACGCUCUCGAUCAUCUCCGGCCAAUACGUAUCACCGGCGAACUUCGUCGCCAGCACCUACGUCGAGAUCGAGCUAGUCGGCAUCCCGAUCGAUUGUGCCAAGCAUAAAACAAAAGUGAUACAGAACAACGCGUUGAAUCCGAUUUGGAACGAGAAAUUUUGUUUCCAAGUGAUGUUCAAGGACCUCGCCUUCCUGCGUUUCGGCAUCGUCGAAGCGAGUUCCCAUCAUUUGAUCGCUCAAAGAGUCAUUCCGCUAAAGUGUUUAAGACCGGGGUACAGACACGUGCGUCUACGUUCCUGUAAGAAUAAACCUCUAGCAUUGUCGACGCUCUUCAUCUACUCUCGAUUAGAAGAGGAGAGUCUCGAUUAUAACACCUGCUGCCGCGAUCACAAGGAAUCCUCGAAGCGUCCAUCUUCGGGGAAAGAGCCGGAAAAAUUGACCACCGUGGAUCCAGGUUUAGGCGGAGUAACCUUGAAAAGAAGGAUGUUCUUCCUGAUGGUUUAUCACGUGAUACCCGACGAGCCGUACACUAUCCUAAAAGUGACCCAGGAAAGCACGACCCAAGAAGUGAUGCUGCAAGCUCUCCAGAAAGCUGGAAUCUCCCCGGAUCGCGUCGACGAGUACAUACUAGUUGAAGAGGUUUCACGCGGUUGGGAAAAACGGGAGAGAGAGGAGUUACCUACUCAACGCGUGUUAGACCCUACGGAACACCCUCUGCAGGCUCAGGCAUUGUGGAAAGGACAAGGGCGUUUCCUGUUGAAAAGGGUGGGCGACGAUCCCAGCAGUAGAGCCUGGUUAGCUUCCAUCAGGAGUACCGCCGGUCACUCGAAACUCGACUCUGAGAGAGACACGUCCACCCAUAUUUGGGACGAAGCUGACACCUUCUUAGUUUGCAUUUAUAACGUUUCGCCGGAUAUACCGUACGCGAUUCUGCGGGUGCCCGUGAGCAGUUCCGCUCAGGACGUACUUGCGCAGGCUCUAGUGAAAGCCAGGCGGAUGGAGGAUCCUAUGAAGUUCGCUUUGGUCGAGGAACUGGAAUGGGGAGGAACGGGCGCCGUUGGCAGCGGUAAUCGUCAAUUAAGAGUAUUACGAGACGAUGAAAAUGUUUAUAGCACCCAAGCAUUCUGGAAGACACUGGGGAGAUUCAUUCUAAGAGAAAGGGAACAAGCGAUACCGAGGCGACAUUUGUUACCAGCCACCUUGGACAGGCUGAGUAAAGGCUUCUCCGUCGGCAGAUCGGUUUCUCUGCCUGGUUCCAGCAAAGAGAAGGUACCCGUCUCGGAAGCCCUGUCCGAUCCCACCUCCAGAGGACUUAGGCAUCGUCUACUGAUGCCCGGUCGCAGAAGAGAAGUUCAUUCCGACGGCGAGGACACGCGCGAGUCCGAUAUUCUGAACGCGGCUAUACAUUUGAAGAAGGUGUCUUUACGAAAAUUGAGGAUGUGGAAGUCAUAGUGGCAGUCCCGGGCGACGUCGAUAUCAUCGAUCUUCGCCACUCGGAGGAAUUAAUUAAUGAUUACGAGUAAUCAUUGCGAUCGAGGUGUAAGGAAAGAUAUAAUUUAGUCGACGUUCUUACCUCGAUAACUUCGAAGAUCGUUAUUGAGAAGUUUCAUCGAUGAUCAACGUCGUGGAACGUUUUGGCAUAAGUAUAGAAAUUACAAAUGGACGCCUAACUCGACACUGCUUAAAACACGUCUGAUCUUUUAACUCGUCGUUCGAAAGGUAACUGAUGUCGGUAAAUAGUACAAUCGGUUGAAACGGAGUUUGAUUGGACGUAAAAUCGUGGAGCAUGCGGUAAAGCAAAACGAGAUGCGUUACGUUCAAACAAUCCUGUUAAUGCCAUCGUUAUUUUGUGCGUCGUGUAUCGGGCGGAUGAAUUUAGAUCAACAAAUCAUUGCAUAUAUGCUAGUAUACGUACAAUUGUUUGCAUCAUUGAGCACAAUAAGCUUAAUUCCUAUUUAAUUUUAAGUUUAGGCAGGAGGAUUACGAAAGCUUCCUCGACGAUCUCGAUUUUCAAGAUCAUCCACACAUUUUUUCUAGUCAUUGAACGUACAAAUCAAGAUUUUAUAUAUGAUCUUCGAGGAAAUCAGUUCCUUUAAGGAAACUUGGAGUUCUGUCAUUUGAUGACUCCCAAGGUACAGGUAACUUUCGAAUAACAGGAUUGCAAUAAAUAAAAAAUCUAUCUGAUUUUAUGAAAAUUAUUAUUUAUUGCCAAGUUCUAAAGUUAAAUAAAAUUUCAAAUAUAUAACAACAUUAUUGUUAUUUUUUUAAAUAAUUUUUUCAAAUCAAAUUCUCAAUUCGAGAGGUACCUGUAUUUCCAAAAAGAUACAGAAGUAUUUUUUAACCGCGAACUUUAUUUUAAUUAAAUUCGUUCAUUUUGUUAACACGAACUUACUUUCCAUAUUUUUUUAUACAUAUAUACAUACUUUUUAAUCUAAACGAUAUAUUUUAAUAUACAUAUAUAUUUAUAUUCAACGCAUACAUUUUAUUAAAAAAUCAUACAAGGGCUUCAGUGAAUUCUUCAAAAUUACAAAAUAGAAAAACCGAUUCAUUUUAGUUAUUAAAGACGAAGCCAAAUAUCAAUUUCUCGUAUGAAUGUAACUUACGACGGGACCUGAUUGCUUUUUAUAAACACUUACUUGUCCUUCGAGUAAUUAAUGCUUGGACUUUAAGUACCUGACUCGUCUGUGAAAAUUCCCUUUCAUUCUACUCAAAUUUCUGCCAAUGCAUAACAAUCAUGCAGUCAUGAAUAACUCAAAAAUUAUUUAUUUCACGAAGAAAAUGAAUUACAAAUUGAAGGAAUAAAUGUAAAAAAUUGAUUUUAUAUUUUUGUUAAUUCCAUCUGAGAAAAGACUUCGCGUAAUGACAAUAACCAGUGAUCUCUUCAGUUUCUCUUCGAAAAUCUCAUCUGAAAGGUAUCCUUAUUUCUAAAUGACUGCAUGAUUUCUUCUCGCAGAAAAAAAGAAACUAUUAAUUACAAAAAGAAGCGUGAAAGAGAACACGUUAAUACAUAACAUUAUUAGUGAAGAAAGAAAAAGAACAAAGUUACUAUAUGUACUUUCCAUUUCUUCUAUCAAUGAUUUAUUAUCACGCACGAAUUAAAUACCUGAUUAUCGGUUCCUCUCACAAAUAGCAUAAAGAAAUUUAAGAAUGAAUUAAAUGUACACGUCUAGUCAAGCUCUAUCAUCGAUACAUACUUUGAGGUACACUUCAAGUACGCUGUACUUGAAAUUAUUUUAUGAAUACAACGCUGAACUCGUCCAUAAACAACAGUAUUUUAACAAAACAAAAUGAAAAUUCUUUAAAACACACGGAGGUUAAGGUUUAGAAGUAUGUUACUUGUUGCCGAGAAUCUUUAAAUGAAAAAAAAAAAAAAAGAAGACAACAUUAUUUCCAUAAUCCUGCGACUGCGUAAAUUUCGCUAAAGAAAAAAGAUAUUCAUGCUAGUCCAUCUGUAUUCUACAGAGAUAUCAAUUUAUUAUUCGUGUGUUACGAAAACGCAGCGCGGGCAAUGUUUGUACAUAAUUAUAUUAUCUUCUCUGUUGUUGUAUCAAUGAUACGAUCAGAUUUUUCUGUAACGAGGCAAGAGAUGUUUAAUGCGCGCGAAAGUCUUGCUACUCACAGAUCAUAUUUAUUAUAUAUUGUUGAUACUGAAGAAAAAAUGAAUUAGAUCGAUGUUACUUUUACAGUCGCUGUCCCCUUUAUCCCCUUGGACUGUUAAACGAGUUAAACUUGUAGAUUAUAAAUACGAGACCAAGGAGUGUCGAUCGUUUAUUCGCUUUUAAACACGUUCCAAUGGUUUGAAGGACAGUGCACCGCUACUCGGUUUCGAUUCUUUUAUCGGAGCCUUUUGCCUAAUUUUCACGAUACAAUUCUAUGUACGAUAGGUACGAACGAUUAGCAAGAAAGAUAAUAAGAAAUUUAUUACACGCCAACAACGUCACGAACACAAAUUACCCUUCGUCUUCCAUGGAUUUUCUCUUGACGCGUUCGGGUCCGGGAUAACAGGUGCAACUAUGUUAUUGUACUCUGUUAGGGGUAGAUUUACCCGAGCCGGACGAAACGCGUUAAGUGUAUUUUGUAAUUUCAAUGAACUUCGACUGACUUUUAAAUAAUUUCAGAACACAUACAGUAAAUUGCAUAAGUAUUUAUAGGCUUUCAAAUAAUUUGAAAAAUGAUUAUUAAAAAGUAUUAUAAUUGUUAAUUAAAUGCACUUAAAAUGCACAUAAAAUAUAAAAAUACUAAAUGUUAUUUAUAAAAAACAAAUCUCCAAUAUUUUGUACGAAUACUUUUGCAACUCACUGUAUGUUAUGUGUUCUCCUUUUAAAUUGAAUAUAUUUUUAUUCAAAAAUCUUGUGAAAUUUUUAUCAGAAUUUUAUCUAAAUUUCUGUUCUUAAACAGAAUAAAUAUAUAUACGAGAUCGUGAUUCGUUCAAUUUUGUUGUUUAGAAUAAAUAAAUAUCUUAAAAGGAGCAAUUUUACGAUACAGAAAAUUAUUAAUAUUAUUUUGAGAAAUAUGUAGGUAGAUUCUGUAAAAAAUUAUUCGUGACGUUAUUGAGCUCCAUAGUAUAUUUUUAAAUACCACUUCCAUUACCAUCGAUUCCCCCGUUUAUUCGAAUACAUACUAACAUAUCCUAGGACAAACUAUACAAACAUUCAACUGAAAAUAAGAAUAAAGUUGAUCAAGUGGGUACAAACAAGAUUUGCUCAAAAGUGAAACUCAAUAAUUGGCGACUGAAAAGAAAUUAAUAAUGAACGUAUAUCUUUCCUAAUUUCGAAUAAAAACAAUGACUUGAAUACAAACAGUAUCUUCUUUUUCUCAAAUAUGGUAUACUAUUAUAUGGACCACACGAGACCCAGUCGUGAUAAUUUUGUAUAAAUAUGAAUAAAAGGGUGACAGAAACGUAUGGAAAAAUUCAAAAAAUCUCAUUUCCAAAAUUUGCAAAUUACCUAUAAAAAUGGAAAAUAUUUAAAAAUAAAUAGAGAAACAUUCAACACUGCUCCUACAUAUAAAUUUCACUAGCAAAUAGUAAGUACAAAUAAAAUAAUGAUGACAACACAGAAUCAUUGCAUAAGUAGAGUAUCGAAUAUACGUAAUAAAAAUACAGAAAGAAAUUCGAAAAAUACUAUGCGUAUUAUAUAAAUACUUAGAUAAUGGACAUUUAAUUAAGUAUUUAUAUGAUAUUCAAAAAUAUGUCAAUUCAACGUGUUUAAUACCACUUACAUUAACUUCCAUAUCUGAAUUUUACUUUAUAUUUAAGAUCAUACGAUAUCAUUUCUCGUGGAAAACAUAAGACUUUUUAUGAAUGAAUAAAUAUAUCAAGGAAAAUCGCAUUUAUAUACCAAAACAGUAUUUACGUAGUGUACAGCAUUAUCGUGGAGCGUUAUGUACAUACGGGCAAAACAAGGGCUACUAAUAACGAUAAUUAAUUGUUAUAGUUAAUUUCGAUGCUCCUUGAGUCUUGGACAAAACCCCCGCAUCGAGAAUAUCAUCGACUUAUAAAGGACGUCUUUCGAAUGGUAGAACAAAUAAUAAAGAACGGUAGUCUUCGGAACAACGCUGCUGUUCGUUACUAAACUUUCCAAGAGCAUUUGCGUCGCAAUGAAUGACGAAAGAAAAUUUGAAAUCGUUAGUGUCUAAUCAUCCACAAAACUUCGACCUUAGACCAAUUCGUUUGGGAUCGAAUUAUUUGAAUGAAAAAUUCUUUCCUACUUUCGCUGAUCACAAUUUUUUAUAAAUAAUUUUCGAAACUUUCGUUUAUUCACACUGAAUCGUAACGACGUCAAUGCUUGGAAGUCCCUUCUAUACAGCUGAUUCCGAAACAUUUGUUGAAGAUAUUUAUAAGACGAAUGCUAUUUCGCUAGAAUGAAAGAUACUAUACUUCUUAAAACUUUUGGGACCAUACUCAUUAAGCAUAUUUUCGAACGAGCUCUCAAGGGCCAUCUGAACGCAAACGAUGCAGUAUUAAGUUUCUUUUCGUCGAUGAAGGUGUUAUGGUUGAAGAAUGAUUCUUACUCGGACGAAGAGAAACGAGACCGAGAUCGGUAUCGAUAUUCUAUGAGAUUUGAAAAGGAUAUAAUCGAGUUCAUUCCCUAGAAAAAUAGUCCUUGCAAUUAGUCCCUUUGUUUAAUUAACUAAUCCUCAGAUCCCCGAAUGAAGUAAGCUACAAUAUUGACAAUUAAUUAAAUAUUGUUUGAUUCCAACAGUCCUGAACAGUAUUAAUUAUAAAAAUCUAAGCCUUAAUGCUCGAGCAUCCUAAAUUAUUAUUACUAUUAUUAUAAUUAUUAAUUCAUUUUAAAUGACUCGGAAAAAGUGUUUAGGAUCAUUAGCAUCUCUGGAAGAAUGUAAAAGAGAAUAAAACGAAACUCGAUUAUCCUUAUUCGAUCGAAUCGAAUUCGAAAAAAUAAAACAUAUGAAUUUGUUUGGGUACGAAAGAAUCGUAUACAUUGUAUCGAUCGGGCAUAUCCCUAUUUGUACAUAUCCGUGAUUUUUCGGUAGCUAUUAUCAUAAAAUAUGUACGCGUUAACAUGUAAACGAUACACUUAUGAAUAAACUAUACGCAUCGAUGCGUACACGUAUGUCUGUAUGUGAGAAUGUAUCUUUGCAUGGAUAUGUAUAUACAGCAUACUGAUGCAUGCAUGCGUCUAGAUGUACUUAAUGAUUCGAUAACAAUCAGUAGUUAUAUAUCAUUUAUUAGGUUGAAAAAUGAAUUCACACACGCAGCGCCGGAUUAAGGGGAGGUCUAAGAGGGGAUACAUCCCCUGGCUCCACCAUUUACUAUGUCAAAAAAUAUUGAAAUAAAAUUUUCUUUACUGUUGCUCUUUUCCUUUA